AAAAAAAGAAAAACUGGAAUUCACCCCGAGCGGAGCCACUCAAGAGUCGGGGUGCGCCACCACCCACCUCACAUUCUGACCCGUUUCGUUCUAUAAUGGAUGGAUCCGGUUCGGAUAUUGCGCAUCGCGAAUCUUUUUGAGUGUCUCUUCACCAUCCCGUCAGCUGGACCAGGGGGUUUGAUGGGAUACGUGUGAGAGGAGGAGGAGGAGGGGGGGGGGAUAUAACUCCGAGGUGGUCGUAUCAGAGACUCUGGUUUGAGUGGAUGGACAGGUCAGAGGCGCGUAUGUGCAACAGUGUGGAUUUACGCAUCAGGGACUAUCUGGCCACAGGAUCCGUCCGUCGGACGCACGGACCAGGAGAAUGUAUGGAAUAAACCAGCGCUGCGUUUACAUAUCGUUCCAUUUCUUCGCGCUGUGGUGCCAUGCCCAGGGGGAGAAUCACCCGUCUCCUAAUUUUAAGCAGUAUGUGAGGACGCAGGGCGCAGUGACGGACCAGCUGAGCCGCCGGCAGAUCCGGGUCUACCAGCUCUACAGCCGCACCAGCGGGAAACACGUGCAGAUCCAGGGCAAGCGGGUCAGCGCCACCGCGGAGGAUGGCAACGUGUACGCUCGCCUGUUCGUCGAGACGGACACCUUUGGCAGCCGCGUGAGGAUAAGAGGAGCAGAGAGCGGCCGCUACCUCUGCAUGAACCGGAGGGGCAAACUUGUUGGGAAGCCCAACGGCCGGAGCAGGGACUGUAUCUUCACAGAGAUAGUGCUGGAGAACAACUACACGGCGUUCCAGAACGCCAAGUAUGAGGGCUGGUACGUGGCUUUCACCCGGAAAGGGCGGCCCAUCAAGGCCUCCAGGACGAGGGAGAACCAGAGGGAGGUCCACUUCAUCAAGAGGCUGCACACGGGCCCGCCCCCCUUCCCCAACACGGACCAGAGCAAACACUUUGAGUUCAUCCGCUUUCCGUCCGCGCGCCGAGCGAAGCGGAACAGGAAGUCGCACGCCUCUUCCUAACGCGCAGCGGGCGAACGCAAAUGGACUGACGCCGGCCGCGGCGCCGGAGAGAAACAGAUGCUAUUUUAUUUUUGUAUAUUUUUGAUAGGUGAACAAUGGCUCGGAACGCCGUUGAUCUAAAGUAAUAUUUGCUGUAAAAUGGUCAUGUGUAAAUACUGAAAAGAGAGUAAAGCAGAUUGAUUAUA